AUGUCGAUCGUCAAGGCCUACCUCGCGCUGUGUGUGCUCACCGCGUCGCUGGUGCAGACGCAGCGGCUGUCUCCGGCUGACCUGGCGCUGUCGAGCCGCGCGCUGCCGCCGCACUACGAGGUGUGGCGGCCGUUCACUGCGGCAUGCUUUGCGGACGGCUUCACUCCCCUCUGGCUGCUGCGGCUGGUGCUCAUCUCGCACUACGGCUCGCGGCUCGAGGCGGCCGCCGCCGGCACCAAGGGUGCGCCGUGGCCCGUCCUCGACGCCCUCCACCUCCCCGGCUGGCUGCUCUGCGGGCUGGCGGCGAUGGUCGGCGCGGCGGUCGCGCGGCCUGCCGAGCUGCUGCAGCCGUUCCUGCUCACCGCGGUGGCCUUCUUCUUCGGCACGCUGUGCUCGUACCUGCCGCGGCCGCACUCGGACCGCUUGCCCCUCGACCUCUCGCCCUGGCUCGCCGUCGGCGCCCUCGGUCUCGCCGCCGGCCCCGCCGCCGCCGUCCGCGCCCUCGCCGGAGUCGGCGCGGCGUUGGUGGUGCACCUCGCGGAGCUUCUCCCCGCCAAGGCGCCCGAGGGCUCGCCCCAGCACGCGACCCUCCCCCACGGUGCCUUGCGCGCCGCCGCCGCCGCCGCCCUCGCCGCCGCCGCCGCCCUCGCCGCCGCCGGCUGCGACCUCGGCGCGGCGCCGCUGCCGCACAGCCGCGCGCUCGGCGCGCAGUCGCAGCUGCUCGCCGCCUCGCUGCGGGUCGACCGCGGCGCCGACUUUUUCGGCGCGCUCGCAAACUCGUCCAACGUUUCUGUGGCGGCCGGCGGCGAGGGCGGCGCGCCGCGAGCGCUCGGUGCUGCGCAGGUGCUGAAGGUGUGGCAGGCGACGGCGGACUUUUGGGGGCAGCAGCACCACAAGGCGCGGCUCUUCAACACGGUCGACUUCAAGAACGAGCCCUCCGACGCGGCGGUCCUCAAGGCGGCGCUGCGCGAGCUGCCUCGCCACGAGCUCGCCUCGCUCAUGCCUCGCGACAAGAUGCUCGAGACGGUGGUCGCGCACCGCGAGUCCCACACGAAGGCGCACGAGGCGCUCGCCGCCCUCGGCGACGCCAUCGCCGCACUCGCAGCAGUACGCGCGCGCGGCUCGGCCGGCGAGGCGGCGGCGGCGGCGGCGGAGGGCGGCGCCGCGGCGGCGAGCGGAGUCGAGGAGGAGGAGGAGUGGCCGGACGGUGAGGUGCAGCCGCGGGCGGUCGCCGUGUCAGCGCAGGGGGAGGCGGAGCCGCUCUCGGGCGGCGAGGAGGAGGGCGGCGGCGGCGCGGAGGGAGGCGGCGGCGCGGAGGAGGGCGGGGAGCCGAGUGCUGAGCGCCUCGAGGAGGAGAUGCGCGAGGGCCUCAAGGGGACUCUCGCUGCCUUUUCGGUCCCGCUCGAGAUGAGCGACGCCGAGGAGCUCGUCCCCGCCUCCCUCUCCCUCGGCGGGCCCUUGCGCGCCGAGCUGCUCGCCGCCAUCCACGGCAGCCGCCCCACGCCGCUCGGCGCUCCCAUCCCCCCCCUUUCCCGAAGCUUCUCGGAGCCGUCCCCAGGCACGCGCUCCGUGCUGCUCAACGAGUCGAUCGCGCGCUCCGUCGAGGAGCUGCGCCUCCGCAUCGCCGUCCCAAAGGAGGGGGUCGAGGGGGCAGAGCUCGCCGCCGCCGCCGCGCUCAACGAGUCUGCGCGCGUGGAGAGCGUCGGCGAGCUGCUCGAGCUGGCGGAGCUCGCGCCCGAGGAGCUGCGCGAGGGCAGCCGCGCGGCGCUCCUCGAGGCGGCGCAGUCGUGGCGCCUCCUCUCCCUCGCCCAGGACGCCGUCGCCACUCUCCGCUCUCUCUUCCUACGCGGCCUCGUCGGUGGCGCCGACCCGCCGGAGCCCGCCGCCGCUUCCGGAGGAGCCGGAGGCGCCGCCGCGGAGGAUGGCGCCGACGUGGACGCGGACGCCGCUGCUGCCACCGGCGACGCCGACACCGUUUCCGCCGCCACCACCGACACCGCCGCCGCUGACGCCGCUGACACCGCUUCCGCCGACAUCGCCGACACCGCCGCCGCCGCCGACGCCGCCGCCGACGCGUCCGGCGGCAGCGGCGGCGGCGGCGCUGCAGGUGCCCCGCGGGGGGCGUGGGCGGCGCACGGCGAGAUCGCGUCGCUGGUCGAGACGGCGCUGCUCGGGUACGACAUCCCUCCUCUGAUGGUGUCGGACGACGUGGUCAAGGAGCUGCUCAAGCUGAUGAAGCUCGACGGGUACGCGAUCCCCUCCUCCUUCGGGCCUCGCGCGUGGCUCGAGGCGGCGGUCGUCGCCUCGCGCGCGCGCGCCGCCGCCGCCGCCGCCACGGCUGGGGGCAACGCCUCGAGCCCGAGGGCCGGCGCUGCGCCCGGCUCGCUGCUGCUGCCGCAGCUCGGCUCCGUCACCGCGGCGGAGCUGCUCGGCGGGACCGCCAACGCCGUGAGCGACGACCACUUUGCGCUCCUCACGAUGGCGGCCCUCACCGAGGUGCGGCUGGGCCGCUCGUCCGGCCGGCUCGGCCGGUGGGUGGCGGCGCACCGGAAGGCGCAGCGGGCGCUGCGCAAGUCGGUGGACGGGCAGCCGCUCGACUCGCGCGGCGCCGCGACGGGCGGGUCGGUGCAGGACAAGCUGCUCAGCACCCUCUGA